AUUGGGAUUGGGCCUGCUAAAAAGAAUAAAGCCUGCUCUUUACUCUUACACAGAUUUCCAUAAGAAUGACAGCUAAUCGGAGUGAAAUUGGAGUGAAGGCUAUUUCUCUCUCUGUUUAACACACGAGAAAUCGUAUACCGGGACUGCGAGCGCGCCCAUCGCCCAUACACAGCAAAAGCAAAGCUAAAAAUAAUUCGCCGUUCUGGGCCUUCUUUAUAACAAAAUAUUAAGAAAAAUUCCACUAGGAAACUCCGACAAAAUAACAAAAUCAUUUAAAAUAAUAUUGGAAAUGACGGGGUCAAUCGAGUGUCUACCUUUUGAGCUUCUAGAGAAAAUAUUCACAUAUCUGCCUCUGCGAGAUGUCCGGGAAGCCGGGCAAGUUUGCCAUUUGUGGAACUCAGUACUGCAUGCACCUCGGUUCGAACGGCAGCUUCGGAUAACACUACAACAGGACUUUCGGGAGCCAAUGUCGGACGCUGACAGGAACUUUGUGGCCAAGUGUCGAAAUUUGACUAUUUUUCAACAGUUUCAUGACAAUUCGAGCACAUCGGAUAACGAAGACGAAGAGACUGUUGAAGCUGCUUCUAAUGAAGCCGAGAAAAAUAUUGCAAAUAUUAUAUUCUCUGCAAAUGAUCUGGAAUGUCUCCAGUUGACGAGCAGGUUUUCUAAUUUGCGAUGUAUUAUUAACAGUAGAUUGAUGGAACUGCAAAAGCUCAAAGAACUGAGAAUAUCGUUUUGUGAUCAACCCCGUUCUGGCGUUGAAAACACUGAAGAUGCCGUGUGGUUGUUGCAGAAUGAUAGCCUAGAAUCAUUCAAAAUAGGGCUAGCAUAUUCAAUAAGUCCCUUCGAUCUGGUGGCUCCAAAUUUAAUAGAACUUCACCUGACAAUAAACUGCGAUAUCUUACUGAAACUAGUCGAAAAGUUUAGCCAUCAAUUGAAACAUCUCAAAACGAAACUCACUACCAUAGAAGAUCUAGAUCAAAUAAUGAGCUUCAACUACCCAAGACUGAAACAUCUCGAGCUUGCAAUGUAUGACGAUAAAGAUAUGCAUUAUGAAUAUGCUCGAUCAGCAAACAGAACCGAGGACGAUACACGUGCCAAAAAGUUCCUUAAACAAGUCCCGGGUUUGCAAUCGUUAAGCUUACUGAGCCACGUGGCCUUGUACAAAAUCUGCCCUAGUCUAUGUUCUGUCGAGACCACCAAACUUGAAGAGCUUGAGUUUCACAAUAUGGAAGUAGAUGCCAAUAUUUUGCUUAACGUCCUGUUGGUUCAACCUGUUAAAAAUCUCGUCCUACAACAUUGCGAAAUAAUCAAUGAUCUACCGGGCCUGCACAUUCGCAUGGUAGGGUUGCAGCGGCUUAAAUUGAUCAACAUUAUCAACAAUGUGCUGCUGGAACACAACUUUUGCAGCCUGAAGGAGUUGGAGCUGGCUCACGGUUUUAAAUACGGAAACGAUAUAUUGCUGAGGAUUUUCCAGAACUUUUCCUCGGUGGAACAUUUGACGUUACAGUAUAGAGCCCAGCUAGACGAGUGUGCUUUUCAACGGCUUCAUCAGCUGCGGUACCUUAAAUCUCUUACAAUCCGUGCAACUGAAAUUACGUACGAACUUUGGCAAUGCUGUAAUCCAUUGGUAUCGGUGGAACAACUUACGAUUAUCGGGUGCUUCAUGCUACCGUUUUCAAUGUUCCGGGGCUUGGGUCGAAUUUUUCCGUCCUUGAAGCGGCUCAAUGUCGAUAACUGCCACAUUGUGGAAGACACCAGCGGAACGGAUGGAUCAGUUGAUGGAGCAUGUGAGCGGAAACUGAGAGCGAUGUAUCCGGACAUUGUCAUCUCUUGGCACCAAUCGGAACAGAUUACACCGAUGUUGCUGAAACAUAUGCUUUUGUGACCUUGACCUCCUGAUGACCUUAGGCUCCGAAGAUGACACGUUAGGGCCUAGAGAAACGUCGCUCCCGUUCGAUUGAACCAUUGCUCUUGAUGUAGAAGGUUGCUGCUGAGAAGGAGAAAACCCAUAGAAGACUUCCUCAUCUGAAUCCUCUCGACGUCUUUUCUGUGUAUUGUUUCCGUUGUUACUUUCCGUCGAUGAAGGAUUCGGAAGUUGAAGCGCCGCAUUGCGCCUAUGUUCAUUUUGCGCCUUUUUGAUCUGCCCCCUGUGAGCCGAGAUCACAUGCGCCCCCAGAGCGAUCUGGAAAACAUUGUAAGAAAGUCUCUUAAUAAAAAUUGCAUUUAACCAUUUUUCAAUUUCUCUAGCAUUCGGAUUUCUGUAAAAAACCUUGUCUCCUCUUUUCAAAUUAGAAAAAGGAUCAAACUUUUCUUUCUCGUAAUUAGUGUAGCCAAAAUCAUCUUCAGCUCUUUGUGGCCGUUCCACUAU